AUGUCCAUUGGUCGAGCUACGUUAUCGUUUGAAGAGUUACGCACGAUCUCGAUCGAGAUUGAGUCAACGUUUAAUAAUCGUCCAAUUACAUACAUGUAUGAUGAUGAAGAAGGGAUAUCCUACUCCCUUACGCCGUCUUGUCUACUUUAUGGACGGAGAAUGACGACUACGCCAAACGACAGCCAGUUCGAGAUAGUGAGCACAAACGAGUCUUUGACAAGACGAGCUCAACAUCACAAAACUCUACUAAAGGAAUAGUCACUAAACAAUGGAGACGAGAAUAUCUGCUAAGCAUUCGUGAAGCAUGGGACAUUACAAAGGGACAUUGUAAUUUUGAAGAACGAGAGCACGAAACGGUUAUUUUGGAAAAUAGCGAAGGUCGAAGAGCUUAUUCGGAGUAUUGACGGUGUUGUAAGAUCAGCAAAGAUUCGAGUGUUGAACAGUGAGACUCGAAAGCCUAUCAUCAUACGAAGACCUAUACAACAUUUAAUCCCAUAGGAAAUUCGCUCGAAAUUCGGUAACAAGGAUAAAGAAGAACUAGUUGAUGUGAAUGAAGAAUCAUCCGGAACACAAGAUCUCAGUACAGAACCAUUAGACAUUGAUGUUAAGACUGCCGCUGUAGAGAAGAAGAAUCGACCAAAAAGAAAGGCAGCUGUUCAAGGAGAACUUGUACGAAAACUGUCAAAACAAACGUAA